UGUCGUGAUAGCUUGAGUCUUUCGGAGUUUUCGCUUUUCGAGUUCUUUUUUUUUUUUAGGCUCCUGGCAGCUGGAUCGUUUCUUUGUUGGCGGCUAUGCCGUGGUUUGGUGGUUUUAUUGUUAACUGGUUCAUUGGUUGUUUUUUUUUCUCCCUCGAGAGAGAGAGAGAGAGGUGAGAAUUGGUAGGGGAGAUGGGUUGCAGUGGUGGUCCGUGGGUUUCAGUGCGUUAAGUGUGGGACCGGUGCCGACUCCAUCUCCUCUGCGUGUUUAUGAGGGCAGUUUUUCUCGUCGCCAUCCAACGAGGGAUCCAGUGUUUUGCCUUCCGUUGCUUUCCCUUUUGUUUUCGCGCGACUUUCGCCGUUGGUGGAGUUACUAGCGGCUUGGACCUGGACGGUUGCGUUGGCUUCCGUGAUCGCUUGAGUCUGUCGGAGUUGUCUCAUUUCGUGCUCUUUUUUUUCCCGAUCCUGGCAGCUGGAUCGUGUCAUUGUUAACGGCUAUGUCGUGGUUUGGUGGUUAUGUUGGUAACUGGUUCAAUGGCUAUGUUGGUGUCGGGCGUGCCAUGGCGGAAUUGCACUGGGCGGUUGGGUUUUUUCUUUUUAAGGGUGAGAUGAGAAUUGCAAGGGGAGAUGGGUUGCGGUGGCGGUCCGUGGGUUCUGGCUUUGUUGAGUACAGAGGUAUCAAUCUUCUAUUACAAAGAAAAAAAAAUUGCAACCGCGACCUGGAGGAAGGGAGAGACAGAAGGAGAUUAAAAUUAUCGACCUUGACUGGCCAUGGAAAGGAGCAGGACAUGGGAAUCGAAGCAUUGGAAGCCAUGCUUAUGGAUGAUGAAUUUAGAGUUUUAAGCCAUGGAUGGUUACACCCUGCACCCCCCUGCGCAAGACUCGGCCACAGCAGGCUACUCCUCAGCUGCUAAAGGAGGGCUUGCUGGUGUCCUCGCCAUGCUCCUUCUUGCUAUCGCAUUUUAUGUAUUCUUCAAGUGCCGAAACUGCUCUGUGAAAUUUGAGGUGGAUGUUGAAAUGCCAGCAAGGAGCGUCC